UGGAAAAAAUACGGUAAAGUGUAUUUUAUAUUCACUCUCGUUAUUGCAACUCUAACAUAAAUAAGGUCGGGAAGUUAACGCUAAACAUCGUUUGUGCUCUACGUUUUUUUUUUUUUGUAUAUUUUGUGCCACUUUGUGAGUGUGUGUGUAAGUUUUUUUUUUGUGUUCUAUGCCCCAAAACAGAAAAAUUGUUGCAACAAUAUUUUUGCUUUCUGACAACAACUGAGUCAUCAUCGUUAUCCAUCCCCCCCACCCCACUAUUCAACGACCUGUUCCCUAACGCCAUCAACAUCAUCAUCAUCAACUGCAAAAUAUCAACAGCCUUUUGCUGCAGCGCAACAUAAUGUCAUCGUGGUGCCCUUCAGGAUUAAUCGCUUAUUCAGCAAUCGUUUUACUUUGUACUUCCGGAAUCAAAGCAAGUUGGGAGGAAUGGUGGACAUAUGAUGGUAUUUCCGGACCAAGUUUUUGGGGCCUUAUAAAUCCACAAUGGAAUAUGUGCAACAAAGGUAGAAGACAGUCACCCAUCGAUAUAGUGCCAGAUAAGCUGCUGUUUGAUCCGUUCCUGAGACCACUGCACAUAGACAAACAUAAGGUUUCCGGAACUCUGCACAAUACAGGUCAAUCGCUGGUAUUCCGCGUUGACAAGGACACCAAGCAGCAUGUGAACAUUUCUGGUGGACCGCUGGCAUACAAAUAUCAAUUUGAGGAAAUUUAUAUACACUACGGUACGGUGGACACACGUGGCUCCGAGCACUAUGUACAGGGCUAUAGUUUUCCAGGAGAGAUCCAAAUUUAUGGCUUUAACAAGGAAUUGUAUCAUAAUAUGUCCGAAGCUCAACAUAAAUCCCAAGGCAUUGUUGGCCUUUCGCUAAUGGUACAAAUUGGUGAGACGCCAAAUCCUGAAUUGCGCAUCAUAACGAGCACAUUCAACAAAGUGGUUUUUCGAGGAUUUUCAACACCCAUCAGACAUUUAUCUGUGCGUGCUCUACUGCCAAAUACCGAUCAUUAUAUAACAUACGAAGGAUCCACCACACAUCCUGGCUGCUGGGAAAGCACUGUCUGGAUAAUAGUUAAUAAACCAAUAUAUAUAACAAAACAAGAGUUGUACCAGCUGCGACGACUCAUGCAGGGCUCAGAGACCACACCGAAAGCUCCUUUAGGUAAUAAUGCACGUCCGGUGCAAAAUCUACACCACAGAACUGUUAGGACUAAUAUAGAUUUUAAGAGGAAUAAGAAUCAAAAUGCCUGUCCUACUAUGUACAAGGAUAUGUAUUAUAGAGCGAAUCGUUGGUCGCCCGAUACAGGACUAUUGAUUCGUUGA